CGUUUUUUUUUUUUAAUUUUUCAAGACAAUGUUAUUUCGAGAAGACUACAGUCUAAAAUAUUUUUGAGAGCGUUGCCACCUGUUUUUCAAUUUUGCAAAUCCUAUAGAAAACUAAAUGUUAUCAAUAAAUGAUCUCUCGACGAAGAUGUCAGUUUAAAAUAUUUUUUGAGAGGGUUGCCACCUGUUUGAUUUUUUCAGUUAUACAAAUCUUAUAGAAAAUUAAUUGUUGCCAAUAAAUGAUUAUUAUGUAUCCAAUAUAAUAAUAAAUGUAAAAUUUCUGUGUGAAACUGAAUGUAGGGUUGCCACCAUUCCCAAAUUUUAAUUCCUAAAUUAAUAAAAAAAUUUUAUAUUUUUUUUAACAAACUAUGCACAUUAUGUAAUUUUUGAACACGCAAGCUUUUAAAGCUCUUUUAAUCGUAUUAGUUCUGGCAUCUCCGCUGUCAAAAUGUUUGUUCAAAAAAAUUUGAUUUCGCCCCAUUAAUCAAUAGAUCAUUUAUCAUAACUUCCUAGUUCCCUCUUUAGAAUAAAUUUCACUAGUACCGAACUAAAUAGCACUUAAUACAGCACUUACGUUUAAUUUUUUUCCACCGCUCGAAUCAGUACGAAAUUUCAAGACUUCCAGACCUUUGCUUUAGGACCGACCCCUUAUCAUUCAACUAAGGGCUUAGCGCCUUGUGGUCGCAAAAAAUGUUAAGCUUUUUUCAUUUUCUCUCUCUUUCGCUGCUCAAAACGUUAACUGGAGAGUAGAAAGGAAGCUUAGUGACAUACUUUGCAAUACAUAUUUUUAAGACGAUUCUAUCAGUGGUAAACUUCUAGAUAUUCUAGCUGUACUAAUAUUAGACCUUUUCUAGCCACUUAAUCGGGUAUCUCCACGAUAUGCUGUUUGAUAUUACCAGACUAGAGAAAAACGACAUUAAAGCACGUUUUUUCUCUGUUUGAUAAUUACCUAACUCUCGUGGUUGUAACAACAUUACCUGAAGACAGCUACUCAAGGCAUGACAUCGGAAACUACUGCAACUAUUUUUGUAGUGAAAAGUAUUCGAACCUCGGUAUGAAUUCUGAUUGAACUUAUUUUUUGACAUAGCUUCCGACAUACUUGUACAAGAAAAUGUGGCGUAAUUGUAUGCGUCUCAUAACACUCUACGCAUUGGCAACGCUACCAGGCUUGGCAGGUGUCAAACUCGAAUUGCCAACACAGCCUCAAAUCUGCAAUAGCGAAAUGUGUGAAUGCACUUCUGCCAAUUUCGAAUGCCGCUUAAAGGGUAGAUUCAGUUUAGUCAACGUAGAAUCCAGAAUACGCGCAUGGAACGACCGAACAGAUGUCCUCACCGCGUACGAUUUAAAUAUAACUUGCGUAUAUGAACCUGAGGACCUCAAUGUGGUGUUAAAUAUGAUGCCACCCAUAAUAUUUGAAGAGCCAAUGCAAUACUAUUUGAAAAACUGCUUGGAAUACCCCGCUAUACUGCAGCAGUCGCAUGUAACAUACGUAGGUAUUGUGGAAUUCGAUCAAUACUUGGAAACGCCGCCCAGAUUUUUCAAUCAAACGCAAGUUUUGCAGGCGCUGACUUUGCCAGUGCGUUUUAAUUAUGUCAAGAACCCGUUACCGCCGCAAUUGUUGCAUAAUUUAACGAAUUUACAGCAUUUGAUUUUGCAGAUUUACACUCCGUAUCCGGAAGUACGCUAUCCCGUCGAGCUUUUGCACACGCUGUACAAAUUGGAAACACUUUCCAUAGAGCUCAUAGCGCUGCAAACAAGCGUACGCGACGCUCAAAGCGCGCAUUUUCGCGAUCUCCGCGCACUAAAACAAUUGAAUUUAGAUGCAAAUCAUAUGACGGCACUACCUGCCGAACUCUUUAGCACACUACCAGAGUUGAGAAGGCUGAGCUUACGACUGAAUGACCUAGAGCAGCUGUCGCCGGAUUUGUUACGUAUGCAGCGUAAACUGUUAGUACUAGAUAUAUCGGAGAAUCACUUAAGCGCAUUACCCAAAGGCUUAUUUGACAAUACGCCGCUGCUCUGGGAGCUCUUACUCGCGCACAAUAGAUUCAAAGUGCCAACAAGUAUUAUAGAAAAUGUGCAUGCGCUUCACUUUUUGCGCAAAAUCAAUUUGGGCUAUAAUCGCCUAGAGACGGUUUGGGGUACAGGUAUUUACAGCAAUCACACGCUUUUCACACGCGCCAAUAUUACAGACGCGGAAACGGUUACCAACUUUGAGCGCAUGGUUAAGUACGUCACGGCCUUGCAUGAACUUGAGCCGCUAAACUAUACGGAGAUGGUGCUGAGAGCUAACCAACUCACAUACUUUUCGUUGGACUGGAUUGCGGCGGCAGGCAUCAGCUGCCCCUACUAUAUUGAUCUCGCAAUAAAUAAAAUACGCCACGUACAUGCGCUCCUGUCACCGACAAAAGCAACCUGUCGGCAAGAAGUGCACUUGUUGCAUAACCCGCUCGUUUGCGAUUGUGAAUUAGCUUGGAUCUACAAUACGAACAUGCUUGUAAUUGGCGUUCAGUGGCAGUGCGCAAUGCCGGAGCGCUUGUAUGGCAGCGAUUUACGAAAUUUGCGAGGCGACGCGCUUUGCGACUGGUCACCCGCCUGGUGUCCAUUGAAAUGCCGUUGUACGCGACAAUUGAAUGCGCUGUUAAUCGAUUGCAGUGCGGCAGCGCUACAAGCACUUGGUCAGCUGCCGCGGCCCGAACAGUUGUCGCUCGCGGAGACUACGCUCAACCUCACGCGCAACCAAUUUCGCGAGUUGCCAUCGAAUGCCACCUUCGGCUAUGCGAAUGUUACGCGUCUGUAUGCGGCGCACAACCGCCUAAAUACCCUGCUACCAACACAUUUGCCACAUACGUUGCGCGUCUUGGACCUGCGCACGAAUCAGCUGCAGCGCUUGGAUGAAAACUUUCUGCGCGCUUAUCUUAAUGACAGCGCCACGCUUACAGCGCUUUAUCUCUCCGACAAUCCCUGGUUGUGCGAUUGCGCCACUGAGCUCUUGCUGUAUACGCUACGUGUACACCGUAGUCGCAUACCGGAUUUCGAGGAAUUGUUUUGCGCCAAUCUUCCGAACAUAACGCUCGGGAAUGCGACUUUCACGGAUAUUUGUGUAACACCCAGCAACAGUUGGGCUUUAAUCACACAGCUAAUUGCUGCUUUUCUUACAAUACUCACACUGUUGACUUGCAUUACACUGUACUACAAGUACGAGUUGGAGCUGAAGAUUUGGCUGCAUGCGCACAAUGUGAACAUUGCCUGUUGCAGCAUUGACGAAAUGGACUGUAACAAAACUUUCGAUGCCUUCAUCUCAUAUGCGCAUGAGCAGUCGGACUAUGUAAACCAAGUACUCGUACCUGGGCUCGAGAAAACGGCACCUUACUUUCGCAUAUGCACACACGAACGUAAUUGGCUUGCGGGCGCUUACAUACCAGAGCAAAUUGUCGAGUCGGUUGCGCAAUCGCGUCGCACCAUCAUUGUGCUCUCGCAGGAUUUCAUUGCAUCGCUUUGGGGGCGCAUGGAGUUUAAGACGGCGCAUCAGUUUGCUGUGAACGAACGGCGUGCGCGAAUCAUUAUUGUUAAAUAUGGUGAGGUGGGCGAUAUGGCGGGGCUUGACACCGAAUUGCAGGCUUAUUUGCGUAUGAACACCUAUCUGGAGUCGGAGGAUCCGCGCUUCUGGCAGAAACUGCGGUACGCUAUGCCGCAUCUUAGGGGCGAAGGCAGGAAAGCCGGUAUGCUCGAGGUGGGCCAAAGAGUUUACGUGCGUGGACAAGUGGAGUUGAAUCAAAUGGCGAUUAGAACACGCGUUAGAAUGUUCCAUCAAGUAACUUAUAAGCAAAGCUUGAUACUGCAGCUCUUACUACACUUCCUAUGCGUCAAAGUGGUGUACACCAAUUUGGCAGCACCAAAGCCGACGUUGCUAACGAAGCUGCAACCGAAGCCAAAUGGACCCGAAAGUGCCUUCAAAAGCUGCUACCAAAACAAGUGUCAGUGCAAAAAGGAAGUAAUCAAUUGCUACUUGAGCGACCGCAAUGGUGCGGUGACGCUCACCAUUUCCUGGAAUUUGGGAAAAGACAAGAUUACGAUGGACUGCGAAGGCGCGACUGAAAAUUUAGACGCGCUGUUAAGUCAAGUGACGCAUGAAUUCGUACAUAAUGAUACCUAUUACGAGCUGACCAAUUGUCAACAACUGCCGACUAUGCUGCGACGCCCGAACAUCACUUACGUAGGUCACGUAUCAUUUACUGAAGAUGUUACAGUACCAGAAAGCUUGUUUUCACAUACAAACGGCUUGUUGUUGUUAGUGUUUAAUAUAACAACGUCGAAUGCGGAGCUCAGUUUGCCGGUGAAACUGUUUCACGACCUUACGGAAAUAAGAGAGUUGGAGUUGUUAGUUGUUAGUGACGCGCCAGCGAUCACCUUACCCGUAGAACUCUUUCAUAAACUUGAAUCUUUAGAAAUACUCUCGUUUUACGUGUAUAACGCCGCGAUGGGCUAUUACGAAAAGCCAAAUGCGCAACGAACAUCGGCACGAAAUUUGACGAGCGCACAUUUUCGUGAUUGUAAUGCAUUGAGGGGUCUGCUGCUGGAUGCUAAUCAACUCAGAACGCUGGACCCAACAAUUUUCAACACACUGCACGAAUUGAACCUUUUGAGUUUGAGUUUGAACGAGUUGCAAAGUUUACCCGAAGAUUUAUUCGUUGCGCAACAAAAGUUGGUCAUAGUGGACUUGAGUAUGAAUGCGUUGAGCGCACUGCCGCCGCGCUUAUUCGCGCAUACGCCUCUGUUAUGGAAAUUAAACUUAGCUGAAAAUCGUUUCCACACGCCAACAAAUAUUAUUGCCGCGUUGCACUCUCUACACUAUCUCUACAGACUCGAUUUGGAUAAUAACAAGCUCAGCAGCAUUUGGGGUACCGGCAUAUACAGCAAUCGGACGCUACUAACACGCAGCAAUAUAAGAGAUCCAGGAACGCUGCCCGAGUUCACCGAGUAUGUGACCAUUGAGCGCGGCACUUAUAAUGAACGUGAACUUAAUAUUACCAUUAUUAGUCUGCGUCGAAAUCAGCUGACGCACUUCAACUUCGACUGGAUUAGUGGCGCUGAUGGCUUAGCUUGCCCUUACGAGCUGGAUCUCUCGCGCAAUAAAAUUAAAACUCUUUACGCUGCCAAGCGACCGCCGAGCACCACUGGCAGGUGUCAGCGCAAUUUAAAUUACAAUCGCUUGCAUUGUGAUUGCCAACUAGCUUGGUUGUAUAACAGCGAUUUUCUAACGAAAGAUGUUGACUGGAGUUGUACAACGCCAGCACCUUUAGCGCGGAAGCCACUCAAAACGUUGCAGCGUAGUCAGCUGUGUCCUUGGGCGCCGAGCUUUUGUCCUGCGGGCUGUGAGUGUGACUAUGCCACACAAGCGCUUGUUGUGAAUUGCACAAACGCGCGUCUUGAGGGCAUCACACAACUGCCACAUGCUGCGCAGUUCGCGCUCAACAGCAGCGCGCUUUACAUAGAGCGCAAUAAUUUCUACGAACUACCUGUGAAUACAACGCCGGGUUACGUGGAUGUAAUACACAUCUAUGCCGCGCACAAUCGGCUUGUCGCGCUGCAGUCAUCUCACUUGCCGCCCAAUCUGACAACGUUGGAUGUGCGCGACAAUCAGCUGGAGCGUCUGGGCGCUGACUUUCUGCGCGCAUAUCUAAAUGAGAGCGCAACAUUACAGGCUUUAUAUCUCGCUGACAAUCCGUGGUUAUGCGAUUGCGAGUCGGAGGAGCUCUUGCGUGCGGUUCGCCUACAGCGCGCACGCAUACCCGAUGCCAGCAGUUUAAUGUGUGCAAAUUUUGCAAAUGUCACUUUAUUGAGUGCGCGCUUUGAUGAAAUAUGUAAGAAGCCCUUUCAGUAUGCCAGCUUGUAUGCGCCGCUUAUUGGCGUGUUUAGCUCUUCUGUACUUAUACUAGUGUUUGUUGCGCUCUUUUACAAAUACAAGUUAACGGUGAAAAUUUGGUUCUUCGGCCACAACAUGUUUUUGUGUUGCAUCAAGGAACACGAGCUAGAUAAGCAUAAAGCUUUCGAUGCCUUUAUCUCAUAUGCGCAUCAAGACCAACACUUUGUCAAUACCGUAUUGAUACCGGGACUGGAGCAGGGUGGCACACGUUUUCGCAUUUGCACACACGAACGAAAUUGGCUGGCCGGUGUUUAUAUACCCGAGCAAAUAAUGGAGUCGGUGGAGCAAUCGUGUCGCACGAUUAUUGUGCUUUCACAGCAUUUCAUCGAAUCAGACUGGGCGCGCUUGGAGUUUCGCACCGCGCAUCAGUGCGCCUUGAAUGAAGGUCGCGCGCGCAUAAUUAUUAUAAAGUACGGUGAGCUUACGGAUAUGACGCAUCUGGAUAACGAAUUGCUGGCCUACAUGAAAUUGAAUACCUACUUGGAAUGGGGUGAUACGAGAUUCUGGCCUAAACUGCGCUACGCUUUGCCACAUAAAUUUGGUGUGGUUAAAAAAUCAGGCAUGUUGGAAGUGGGCAGAAAAGUCUAUGUCCGAGACGGCUUGGAGAUGCAUGAAUUACACAUUUAGUUCCGUAUAAUUACAUACAUAUAAUAAAAAAUUAUACCUGUAACAUCAGUUGAUUUAUCCGUUUGGUUAAUAAUAUAAUAUAUAUAGUACAGAUGUUAAA